AUGGAAAAAGGCCAAGAGGAGGUCGACGUAGCCGAAUCUUUUGUCACCGCCUUUUACCAUGACUCGGAAGAUGAAGACGUCUCUGUUCAAACCAGGAAUGAAGAUAUAUUUGAGCUAUAUUGGAACUCUCGACCGUUAACACCACUGGAACGAAGAAAUCCUGAAGAUGCGACCACAGGUUGCACUGGUGAUCCAACCAGCCAGAUAUUUCUGAUAGGCCCAAAAAUGCUAUCUCAUGACAAUAGCCAGAGCGUCAGAGAAGAUAUCAUCAGAUCAAAAAGCAACGUGGGGUCGACUGAGAAUAGAGAGGAGAGCGAUGCAGCUCCAGCAACCAAAAGGACAAUGCCAGAAAGCGAAACAGCUUCAGAAGUAUGCAAAAUAGACUCUGUUACUUCGCCCACGCUGACCGAGUACACCGGUAACCGUUUUCAGGGUCUACCGGAAGAGAAGACACCUGUCGAGGAGGUCUAA